AUGCUAGGCUUAUCAUUACCUACUUUUUUAAUCUCUAUUAUAUUUCUUCUAAAACAAAUUGGUGCUAGUGAAUUAACAUUUGAAUUACCAGAUAAUGCUAAAGAAUGUUUUCAUGAGAAACUUAAAGUUGGCUCGAAAUUUACAUUAGAAUAUCAAGUUGUAACAGGUGGAAAUUAUGAUGUUGAUCUUGAAUUAAAAUCUCCAUCAGAAAAAAUCCUAUAUAAAGAAACUAAAAAACAAUAUGAUCAAAUUGAAAAAACCGUUGAAGAAGAUGGUGUUUAUGUAUUUUGUUUUAGUAAUGAAUUUUCAACAAUUACCCAUAAAGUUAUUUAUAUAGAUUGGAAAGUUGAUGGAGAUCCGGAACAUGAAAUAUCUGGUCCAGGACCAAAAGUUGCAGCAGGCGCAUUAACAAUGAUUGAAUCAAAUGUUGCUAGAAUACAUGAAAAUCUCGAGCAAGCUAUUGAUUAUCAAACACAUCAUCGUUUACGUGAAGCUACAGGACGUGCACGAGCAGAAGAUUUACGAGAGCGUGUACAAAUUUGGUCUUUAGGGCAAUUUAUUUUGAUUAUAAUCGUAGCAAUUGGUACUGUUUUAUUACUUCGUUCGUUUUUUACUGAUCGAAGAACAGGAUCUAGUAUGGCAUGGAAUCGAUAA